AUGACUGUCCAAGCAAUGGCACUACAGGCAGGCGUCACGGCUUGCUCUGUUGCCAAUCUUGUGGUCACAUCAUGUGCCAGCGCUGGUGCUCUCGCUACAACAGCUCCACUCGGGGAGAUGUUUGACUGCUUAUGCUGCUUCUCAGGCACGGCUAUCUACCCGGCAUACUCGUCAUGUGCAUCAUAUAUCUACAAUUCAGUGGAGGGGGCCACUUCGGCCUUUUCAGCAAUGUCGGUCAUCUGGGAUGGUUGCCUUUCUGUUAGUCCCAUCUGUUCCAACCGUCCAACGACCCCAAGGACGACCACGGUCGAUGCCAGCACCACCCGAGACGUAGUGACUGCUGGACCUUCAUCCACCCCCAGAGCCUGCGCCUCCUUCGCCAAUAUUGUACGAUCCUGCUCAAGCAAGAUCCCCAACUUCACCGCUAUCUCGGACAGAGAGCUGGCAGAGUGCAUGUGCUACGACCCUUUCGGCUCAUAUACGACCGUCGCGGAGGACUACGCGAGCACCUGUGCUGCCUGGGCGACAACAGGCAGGUCGACUGAUUACAGCAUCUUUGCGGCGUUUACUACAUUCUGUGAUGACUACCCACCUGGUGGAGCGACCAUCAGGGGAAGCAGCGGCGGCGGCAAUGAUAAUGGCGACAUCAUCCUCACCUCUGCCGGAAGCCGAAGCCUGAGGGGCAAUGGCAAUAUUGUUGAUCUCAUCCCGACUGCCUCACCGACUGAACCUCCACCCAAUGACGAAGAAUCCAACACAACCCCAACGCCUCCACCUUCGCCCUCUGGACCUUCCGGCGCCAUGUCCUUGCGAGAUGCAAGAUAUGGCCUGCUGAGCUGGAUCAUGCUGGCUUUGUCGGCAUAUAUGCUCUGUUGA